AUGGCUUCAACAGCUCCGUAUCAGCACACCCCGCUAGAGUAUGAAGACUCGAUUCGAGUUCUCCGACUCUUUCCGAGCUGUGAUCCCGAGGACCCCAUCAGGGUAGAACUGCUGCCAUGCCGACUGGCAAGAAUCGAGCCCGAGUCUUCCGUCGACUCCGACUCCGACUCCGACGCCUUAGGAAAAAAGAUCGAAGUGAAAUUUGAAUCGAUGCAUUAUGCCCAUACUCGUUUCAAACGACAAACCGAGAUCGAGUACGAAGCCUUAUCCUACACCUGGGGAGAUGGUUUGGACACAGUGCCUAUCUAUCUUGGCGAGCAUGCUACAGCGUCUUUGCAAGUCACUCGCAAUUGUUUCAAUGCGCUCAAGGCUCUGCGCCAAGACGACGAACCGCGACACCUGUGGAUUGAUGCCAUCUGUAUCAAUCAGGGCGAUGAUGAAGAGCGGUCAGUUCAAGUCCGAGGUAUGGCAAAGAUAUACGGCAGUGCGUCGCGUACCGUCAUUUACCUUGGCGAACACACAUCAAGCAGCCGUAUUCUGUUCCAAUGGGCCUUUAAAGAAGUGGCUCUAAGAGCGGAAAGAUAUGGUGCUGAUGAUGACGGCAUCAAGCAUAUUUUUUUACAGAAGCCAGAGGAAGAAGUUUUCAAAGCAGUACGCGAGCUGAUUCAGCGACCAUGGUUUCAUCGGAUUUGGGUUCUCCAGGAGGUGUUCAUGAGUAGGAAACGGUUUCUUGUUUGUAUGCGAGACAUCAUUCCCUGCGCAGUUUUAAGAACUUUUUGGUCCUUACGCUACCUCACCUCGCCCAGACCUUCUAGGAUUAUUCCAUACGCCUUGCUACCAGAGGCAUUUUCCGAAACCCGAAGUGACUUCUGGCAGAAUCUAUGUUAUCAUUUCGAGUGGUCAGGAGAGUUUUUGGCUAGUGAUAGUCGAGACAAAAUUUUCGCCCUGAAGGCUCUCCUUGGACCACAACAAGAUGAACUCGACCAGUUCAUAGACUACGCGAAGACAUUCGAAGAGAUUUCCAUCAAAUUAGCGACGACACUUUUCCAAACUCUGGGACUAAACCUGCUAAGCAUGGUGCGGCAGGGUCAUGACCUAAAUAUGCCUUCUUGGGUACCAGACUGGUCUCAUAUCGGGAGAUUUUGUUCCAGCGGACACAGCUCAUAUGACGAAUAUAUUUCAGGGCACCUUUGCACCGAUUCUAACCGGGUACGAUUUGAAGGCUGCCGAAUCAGUCAGAUCAGCGAAUUGGGUGAUACUUUUCUAUUCCGAGAUGCCAAUGAUAUGGACCAACAGCUGGUGUCUUUCGCCCGUCUAAUGCGAUUCGAAAGGACAGAAAAAGGUGCGGGAAAGGAUGAUUUUGAGUCUAUCAGGAAGUAUUUCCCCGAAAAGAUUCUAGAGGCGUUAUUGAGUCUAAGUCAAAAGGGCCUUGCACGAUUUCUUCUACACGACCGGGCAACCUAUGACAAUGGGUAUACUUUUCGUUUAGAUGGCCUUGAAUCGAGAGAUGAGAAUUCGUUGCAAACCAUGCACCGAGAGGCUAUAAAGGACGUGCUCCUUGAACAUCGCAUAUUUUUGUGCACUGGGACCAACCUCGUGGGGUUAGCGCCUAGUAAUGCGGCGAAAGGAGACAUUCUUGUCCACAUACAAGGCGCCAAGGAGCCAUUUCUAUUGCGCCCAGUACAAAAUGGUCACUGGCGUCUUAUUGCUGGCAACUGCUUCACUAUGUAUUAUGAACCACAUGCACUGGAUCGAUGGCAAAUAGAAACCAAAGAUAUAAGAGAACACGACUCAGGCAUGGAAAUGGAGGUAUUCGACUGGUUUACGCGACAGGGCGAGGGCGAGGAGUUUAUCGUGAUUUGA